AUGGAAUGUGUUUCUUCCACUUCAUUUAGUGUGACAGUCAAUGGAUCCAUUUAUGACCACUUCAAAGGGCAGCGGGGUCUUAGACAAGGGGAUCCUCUCUCUCCUUAUUUGUUUGUGCUUUGUUUGAAGUACUUUUCCAAAGAUAUGAGCAGCCUCAAGGAUGAUGCCAAUUUUAAAUUUCAUCCCAACUGUGCAGGUAUUCAGCUAUCUCAUUUGGCUUUUGCAUAUGAUAUUAUGCUUCUAUCUAGAGGAGAUAUCCCAUCUGUGUCAACUAUGUUUGCCAAGCUUCAACACUUUUGUAGGGUUUCAGGGAUUUCCAUCAGCUCUGAUAAAUCUGCCAUAUACUCAACCGGUAUUAGGCCUCAUGAGCUUUCUCAUAUUCAACAAAUUACUAGAUUUAGCUUGGGUGGCUUCCCUUUUAGAUACUUGGGUAUUCCCCUUUUAUCAUCUAGAUUAAAUGUAUGUCACUAUACUCCCUUGCUUUCCAAGAUUACUGACCUGAUUCAGGGAUGGAGCAGGAAGUCUUUAUCUUAUGCAGAAAAUGAAAUGGAUAAGGAAAGAGAAAGUGACGAUUUUAUGGGGACUAAUUGGAAGGGAUUUGGUUCAAAGUCUGAAUGUGUUUGGAUGGAGAAUGAUGAAGAUAACGAUGGUGUUCAAGUGGAAUUAAAGGCUGGUUUAAGUUUGGCAAUUUUUAGGAAACAAAGAAAACCGUAA